UAGGGAAGCGUUUCGUGUAGGUCUUCUCGGGAGGUGGCGGCAGCAGCGGCCGCCGGCCAGUGGGGAGCGGGCUGAGAGGGGUCGCCGCGACGGCUGGAGGAGCGCUAGGUCAGUGUGCAAACGGGAGUGGGGCGCGCGCCGGCUACGGGAGGCCUCGGAGACCGGGGCGAGGGGCCGGGCCGAGCAGCUGUGCGGAGCCAGUCGUCUCCCGGCGCGUCUGCUCUGCGGAGGAGCCGCAGCCCUCGGAGGGAUAUUAGAAAUGGCUACUCCCCAGUCAGUUUUCGUCUUUGCAAUCUGCAUAUUAAUGAUAACGGAAUUAAUUUUGGCAUCAAAAAGUUACUAUGAUAUCUUAGGUGUGCCAAAAUCAGCAUCAGAGCGCCAAAUCAAGAAAGCAUUUCAUAAGUUGGCCAUGAAGUACCAUCCUGACAAAAAUAAGAGCCCUGAUGCUGAAGCAAAAUUCAGAGAGAUUGCAGAAGCAUAUGAAACACUCUCAGAUGCUAAUAGGCGAAAAGAGUAUGAUACACUUGGACACAGUGCUUUUACUAACGGUAAAGGACAAAGAGGUAGCGGAAGUUCUUUUGAGCAAUCAUUUAACUUCAAUUUUGAUGACUUAUUUAAAGACUUCGGGUUUUUUGGUCAAAACCAAAACACUCGGUCCAAGAAGCAUUUUGAGAAUCACUUCCAGACACGCCAGGAUGGUUCCAGUAGACAAAGACAUCAUUUCCAGGAGUUUUCUUUUGGAGGUGGACUGUUUGAUGACAUGUUUGAAGAUAUGGAGAAAAUGUUUUCUUUUAGUGGUUUUGACACCACCAAUCGGCAUACAGUACAGACUGAAAAUAGAUUCCACGGAUCUAGCAAGCACUGCAGGACUGUCACUCAACGAAGAGGAAAUAUGGUUACUACAUACACUGACUGUUCAGGACAGUAGUUCACUAUUUUUUGUUCUCACUAAACCCAACUAGUUGACUUUUCUUUAAUAUCUUUGAUGCAAAACAAUUUUCUGUGAACUAUUUUGACAAGUGCAUGAUUUCACGUAACUUGAUAUAGAUAUUAAAUGUAUUUAAAUGUUUUUUGACAAAUUCAACAACACUCAGUUUAGUAGAGAAGUAGCUAAUUAUUAAUUCUCCUGAUUAGGAAAGAUUCUUUAAAAAAAAGAUACUAUAAUUCUGCCUGGUCUUUGUUCUCUACCUGCCCUUGGGCUUACUUGCGUGGCCAGUUUUAUUACCAAGAAAAGAUUGAGUUUGCCUGAUACAUAUUUAAAGGUUAAACUUUGAAACUUAUUGUAGAUUUAAAUCGUGUGAACUUGAAUGGUUUUUGCAGUGAAACCUUUGCUAAUUUAAAAUUGCAUGCUCUGCAGCAUCUCUGACUUGGGUUGCUAAAUGUACAUGAAACUGUAAUUGAGUCAUUCAGCAAAGGAUAGCAUAUCUUUUCCACUGAGAGCUUCAGAAAGGCAUAAUUUAAUAUUUACACAGAACCAUACCUUUCUGUAGUAAAAUUGGAGUAAAGGAAAUGAUUAUAUUGCUCAUAGCCAUUUAGACGGAAAGAAAGUUGAAAACUUUUGAAAUAUUACCAAGAGAUUGUUACAUGUUUGAUCCCUGGCUAAUGAUUUUGUAGUGUUGAAAUCAUAGCUAAUUUAUACAUCUUUUCACAUUUCUUUCUAGUUGUUGGCGCUCUAGGUCUUACAUGGAUUUAUGUAUUUUUUGUGUGUGUGGUUCCUCUUCUUUGCACUCAUCUUUAUCUAGAGAUUGACUAAUACCUCAUUCUGUUUGUAAAAACAGCCAGUAAUUUCUGUGCAACCUUAUUAUGUGCAAUAUUUUUAAAUCCUAAGAAAUGUGUGCUUUUUUCAUAUAGACUUAUUUCUUUAGUUCGGCACUUUUUGCAUUAUACUCCAUAUGAGUAUUAAUCCUAUGGAUACGUAUUAAAACUAGUAAAUGUCUCAUACAACAUUGUGAGGGAGAGAAAUACAAUAUUUACAAUAUGAUAUUCUUGGUUCUCAUUUUAUUGGUAAAAGUUUAUUCUGUAAUUCUAGAGCUAUGGAGGGUAUAUAAAUAAUGGGGCUGCUUAUGCUGACCAUAGACCACAUUCCAGAAGUUACUUUUGACUAGAAAACCCUGAUAUGGCCUUGUUUGGUUGCCAUUUGGUAAUUUCUCUUUCUUUUUUUUUUUUAUUAUGUUAAUCACCAUACAUUACAAUUUCUCUUUCUUAUCCUCCCUCCCUCACAAAUUUGGUAGGUUAAAGAUUUUGUUAAUUAUGAUUUUGUUGUAUUUGCUUGCUAGGAGCAAGUAUUUCCUCUUUAGGCCUCAUUGGGAAAAAGCAGAGACAUUGCAUAAAGUUAUUAUUUGUUAAUUAUAAUCUUUAAUUUGAAAACUGAAGAAAAUGAAAUUAUUCUUUUAAAUUUAUGUAUCUUAGUUAUUUUCUGGAAGGUAUACCUACUGCUUUUGUUUGAUAAUAAGAAAGUAGCCACACCUUGAAUUUUGGUCUAAGGAUCAUCUGUAGCCUAUCAAACGGAACAGAUGAGGCAAGAAAAAAGCCAUUUUCAAAUCAGGAUUAACUAUGUCCCCUUUUUCUUCAGGGUCUGAUUAUCCCUUGUUUUUCCCAUUCUAAACAUUUAUUUCAACCUUCCUUUUUUUUUUUUUUUUUUAAUCUCCUUUUUGACACUUUGGCAUAAUUUUUGCAAGGAAGAAAUGGACCCUGAAUCCUACGCACUUAAGGUACAAACUAAAUAUCAAGAAGAUACUUAAGUAAUCUAUGGGUGUGUGGUGUGUGUGUGUGUGUGGUUUGAUAGAUAAGCAACUGAAAAUUAGACCAGUAAUCAACAUAGAAGUUUCCUCGAUAACUUACACUUUUUCUUCUUUUUAGUCUGUACAGGUGUACAGCUAGAAAAUGGAAAACUUCUAUACUUAAAAAAUGAUCAAUACAAUGGCUUAAUCUAUACUCCCUAUGCAAAUCAACACAUGAAAUCUGUCAGUCUUUUUUUCCUUGUAGGCAAAAUAGUAAUAUAUAUAACAUGACUUUAGUCUUUCUCUUGAAUGAAUUUCUGUAAUUCUCCAAGUUUUCUGGAUUGACUAUGCCUUGAAUUGGAUGCUAUAGGGCAUAUAGUAGGCAUGAGAUUUUUUUUGGUGCUCUGCUCCAGAAUUGGCAUAAUUAACUCCUGAUCUGAUGGUUGAUCUUAGGCAAUUUUGGGGCUGUGAAUUUCAGUUUCAAUUCUGAGAUUAGUUCUAUGAAAAUUCAGGUUGCCCAAGGGCAACUAAAAAUUUGUACAUUUCUAGAGUAGUUAUUUUUAAUUUUCUGAAAUGGAAGUUUGUUUAGGAAUUAACACACUGGGGGAAGAAGAGACCGUUGCCAAACAGAAUAAAGAAGAUACUGGUACCACCAGUAGGAUUCUAAAGUUUUUUAUAUUCAUGUUAACGCUGGUACCUUCAAUUCCAGUUAACAGAUUGAAUAUAAUCAGCCAGCCAUGUUUUCCCUUUCUCUUGGUCCCAGUCACAGAAAAUAAAAGAAUGAAAUCAUAAAAGUGCUUGGAAAAUGAGGAGUUUGGAGACAUUCCAGGAAGGUAUAAAGCAGAAGGAAUUGUAUUGAGAGAAAAAUCAAAGGACCACAGCCAGGGUAUCCUGGAGAAGUUUUAAGGCUUAGAUUUGUGUGGGAGAGGAUGGGAGGAGACAAAAAGAAGGGAUGGGCCGAUGUUCAAUCAUGCUAAUUCAUUGAAGAAUUGCAUUGGGAGCCCCCACCCCCACCCACCCCUUUCUUCUUUCUUCCAGGUAAACUGUUACUGAGAUAGCUUUUAGGCUUUACCCUUAGGUAAAAUAUAACUCUUCAAAGAUACAAAUUAUCCUAUUCCCAGGGAGGCUCCCUAGUGAGGGUAUUGAGGUGCCAUAGAAAGUAGAGUGGGGGUAAAGUGAAUUUUCACCAGGGGAUGGGGAGGGUGAGUAAUGGCAGCAUUCCACUUCCAGAGUAAAGCCUCCUUACUUGGGCAUGUGUAGGGAACAAUAACUUCUGCAUGCUGCCCACAUACUUGUAGGUGCCUACUGGUUGAAAUGUCCUGACAACUUAAACGGAACCAUAGCUGUUCAAAAUGGAUGUCUAAUGAAGGCAUAGAUAAUAAUUGCUGAGGAAACUUGCUUUUCACAGCUAUCUGCAUUUUGAUGUAGUCCUUCAUAAAAGAUGUCCAAGGAAUAUCAGAUAUUUAUAGAAAACCAAUAACAGGGAAGAGAAACCCCAACAUCCAACCCUGAUGAAAAAAAUAUAAUUCAGGAGAUAAUUGCAAUACUAGGAGAUAAUUUAAAAUUUUAAUAUUACCAGACUUUUGAUAAAAUAUUGCAUCAAUGAAUCAGGCAUAGGUCCUUGUCUUACCUAACCUGCUUCUCCAAGAUUUCUUUCCAUCUGAUGAUGGUGUCAGAAAGGAUGGAUGAAGCAAGUUACAUGUACAUCAACUACAACAGAAGUCACUGGAAGAUAACAGUAAAUAUGUGGUAAAUAUGUUCUCUACCCUGCAGGCCUUUGACCCUUCUACAAAAUUCAGAUUCUUCCUCUUAUCUCAGGUUUGCUACUCAACCUCCUCCCCAACUUUUCUCCAGACCUUGCUCUAUGGUGGAACUAUCUAGUGAAGAAGAGCAGAAUUUGCCACCCCAAAAUAUGCCUUUCAGGCAUAAGAAUUAUUUUAGGCUGAUUACUUUUCUAAAAAAACAAAACAACAACAAAAAAACUGUAGACAAGGGAGAAGCUCUGAACACCAAGAAGAUGUUGCCUUUUCUAAGAGAUACUGACAUUUGUAAGGAAAAUCUCCAUUUGUAAGGGUAUCUCCCUCUGUAAUAGGAAGAGGAGGAAAACUAAAUCUCUAGAAACUGAUCAAUGGAGAAGGCAUGGACUUAAACCCGUGUAACAACCUUACUCUGGUUUACUGUGCUUUACCUGAAAACCUUCCAACUGUCUCACUCAACCCCAACAUCUUUUGUCUUUCUCUGGAGAUGGUAUUUAAGGUGAUAGCUUGGGCCAUUUUGGAGAGUUACUCAGUUUUCCUGUGUAUCUCCCAUGUACACAGGAGGUAUACAUGUUAUUAAACAUCUGUUUUCUUCUAGUUAAUCUCUUUUUUUACAGGGCAGGGGAUGGGGGAAGAGGUGUCUCAGUCAAUAACCUGGAAAGGAAGAGGGAAAAUUAUUUUUUACUUUACAGCAGAUAAUUUGUUGUGCAGUCCUAUUUGUUAUUCAUUAUAAUAAUGUCAUAGGGUACCAAUUCUUACAUUCCAGUGGAAGGGAACAGGCAAUAACCAUAAUAAGUAAGUAAAUUACUAUGUUAGAUGAUAAAGUCUAUAGAAAAAAUAUAGCACAGAGAAGGGAUAUGAUAUUGGGAGGGUAGGCAGGCUAAGCAUGUGUUGCAGUUAUCAACAGGAUGGUCAGUGUAGGCCUCACUGAGAAGGUGAAUUUGCGUAAGUUUGAGUUGUUUGCAUGGAAGAUGGAAGCAUGUAUGACAAGUUCUAGGAACAGCAAAAAAGCCAGUGUAGCUAGAGGCCUGUGAAUAAGGAAGAGUAGUUGGAGAUGAGUUCAUAAAGGUAGUAAGGGUAGAGAGCAGGACAUAUUAUAUAGGGCUUUUUGGCUUUUGUAAAGAAUUUGGUCUUGCAAUGUGAUAUGAUAGCUGAGUUAUGAGCAAAUAAAUGACUUCACCUUCCGUACUAAAAAAGAUCAUUCUAGCAGCUGUGUUGAUAAUGGACUGUGGAGAGACAACAGUGGAAUAGGGACACCAGUUAGGCUAUUUCAGCAUUCCAGAAUGAGAAAUUGGUGCAGCUCACACAGUGCACCAGGAUGAUAGCAGUGGAGGUGGGGCCAAGUGUUUGGAUGCCACACAUAAUCUGCAAGUAGAGCCAGCAGGAUUUGCUUAUGGUUUGGAUCUAGGCAUGAAAGGAGAAAAGGAUGAUUCCAAGCUUUGUGUUUAUAGAGAACCAGAAAGAUAGUCACCACGAACUAAGAUGGGGAAGGCUACAGGAUAAAGGCAUUUAAGAAGGAAGACCAGAAGUUCAAUUUGGGCAUACCAGACUUUGAGACAAUGUCGAGAGGGUGGCGAUAUGUCAGGAAUUUGAAGAGAGAGCUGAGCUGGAAAUGUAUAUUUUGGAAUUGUCAAAGUACAGAUGAUAUUUUAAACCUUGAGACUAAAUGAAAUCACCAAGGGAGUAUUUAUAAAUAUAAAAAGAAGCAAUCUAAGAACUGAGCCCUCGGGUACUUUAAAAGUACAAGGAGAAAAUGAGGAACCUACAAAGGAAUAUGAGAAGAAACAGCCAAUGCAUUUAAGAGUUUUGUGUCUUGGAAAAAAGUGAAAAGAAGUCUAUCAAGAGGUAGAAAGUGGUCAGUUUUAUGAAAUGCUGCCCCUAGGUCCAAUAAGAUAAUCCCUAAGAACCGACCAUUGUGGGUUUUUUUUUUUUUUUUUUUUUUUUUUUUUAGCAAUAUAGAGGUCAGAAAUGACUUUGACAAGACCAGUUUCUAUCAGGUGGUAAGGGGUUCCCCCACCUGUUUGGAGCAGGUUUAAGAGAAUGGCAGCCCAACUAAGUGCUUUUAAAGAAAUUUAAAUAAUUUAUAGUGAAUAUAUUUCUGGACAGAAUUUUUAACAUGGAUAUUAGAGUUUCAAUUAUUGCUCCAUCUGUAUAGCAAAUAGCUUGUAUAGGAUGUUAAUAAGUAUGUUG